AUUCUUUCAAUAUUAUUUAUAAUAUCAAUCAUUUUAAUUAUCUCAUCAGUAGUAAUAAUUCUAGCGUCUGUACUCUCUAAAAAAACUAUUGUUGACCGAGAAAAAGCUUCUCCAUUUGAAUGUGGAUUUGAUCCUAAAAGCUCUUCUCGCCUGCCCUUUUCCCUCCGAUUUUUUCUUAUUGCCAUUAUUUUUUUAAUCUUUGAUGUAGAAAUUGCCCUAAUUUUACCUGUUAUUCCAAUUAUUUAUACUUCAAACAUAAUAGUUUGGUCUUACAGAGUAGUCUUAUUUAUUGUUAUUUUAUUGUUUGGACUAUAUCAUGAAUGAAACCAGGGCGCCCUUGAAUGAUCUUCCUAA